UCGCGGCGCAGGCGCGGUGCGCGCGGCGGGUACUGGGGCUGGCCGGGCUCUUUUGUUCGAGGGAGGCGGACGGAGAAGGGCCAGGCCCGCCGCGCCACCGGACCCGCCCCGGUCGCCUGCCCCCGCGUCCUGCAGACCCCUUCCCUUCGGUGAACGGUUGGCGGGGCUGUGUAAGCAGCGUCGCCCCCAAGCUGAAAAACUGGCCAGCACAAUGGGAAAAAAGCAGAACAAGAAGAAAGUGGAAGAGGUCUUAGAGGAAGAGGAGGAGGAGUAUGUGGUGGAGAAGGUGCUGGAUCGCCGGGUGGUGAAGGGCAAGGUGGAAUACCUGCUGAAGUGGAAAGGCUUCUCCGAUGAGGACAACACAUGGGAGCCAGAGGAGAACCUGGACUGCCCAGACCUCAUUGCUGAGUUCCUGCAGUCCCAGAAAACUGCCCACGAGAGUGAGAAGUCCGAGGGCAGCAAGCGCAAAGCGGAGUCUGACUCGGAGGACAAAGGGGAAGAGAGCAAACCAAAGAAGAAGAAGGAGGAGUCAGAGAAACCGCGAGGCUUCGCCCGAGGGUUUGAGCCGGAGAGGAUCAUCGGUGCCACGGAUUCCAGCGGGGAGCUGAUGUUCCUGAUGAAGUGGAAGAACUCCGACGAGGCCGACCUGGUCCCCGCCAAGGAAGCCAACAUCAAGUGCCCGCAGGUGGUGAUCUCCUUCUACGAGGAGAGGUUGACAUGGCACUCCUACCCCUCAGAGGAUGAUGACAAGAAAGAGGACAAGAACUAACCCCCCUCUGGCACCCAGCUCUGGCCAGCCUUUGUAUAAAGAUCUGAACUGUGGGUUUUGAGCAAAGAGGGGGAGAGAAAGAGAGAGAGAGUGAGAGAGAGAGAGAGAGAGAGAGGGGGGAAGAGAGAGAACGCAGCUCCUCUGCUCGCUUGGGAGUGUAGAGAUGGCUGGAGAAGAUGCCCUUUGAAGAGACCAGUAUGGUUUCUGUGCCCUGCAGCUGCUCAACUGCUUUCUGCAGCUUCAUGCUGUGUACAGAUUCAAACCAGCCCAGCUCAAUUUGGGGA